ACCAUUUGUAAUACCAAAUCAUCAUCAUCAUCAUUAUUAUUAUUAUCAUCAUCAUCACGUAGACACGUACCGUCUUUGGGUUUUUACUGUGAUGAAUGUGUCGUGUUGAAGUCCUCCAACGCGGCGGCCUGAAAAUGUGCCCCGACGUUUGGGCUCUUAUCAGAUGGAUGAGCGAGUUUGAUUGAAGCAUUUGUCAUGUAAAUGCGAGCCGUUUGAUGGACGAGCCCGCAGACUUGACGGAGUGCUGUAGGUCCUUUGCCAUUGGCGUUUAGCGGGUCACAUGGUGUGUCGGGAAGGUGAUAUGAGGGUGGAAGGCAGUUUUACAGCUUUGACAUACUACCUAGAAGGUUAGGGCAAAAGGGAGCGCCGAUUAAUGACUGCUCAGUCUUGAUCGGUUCUGAACAAACAAAAGGCCGAGGUCCAGGAUGAACUCCUUCUUAGACUACCCCGUGUGCAACCGGGGAGCAAAUAUUUUCGGUGCCAAGGCCGGAUACCACAACUUGAACCACGGUUACAUUUCGUCCAACUCGUGCUCAACAAGUGAUAGUUACGCACCGGACGGGCGCUUGGUUGCGGCUGCUUCUGCGCCCCACCAGACCCCGAGCCUCCCCCUGCACCACCAGACACACGUCAACCUGGAUCUGCAGUUUUCGACACCGGGCAACUCCAUGUACGCGUCGCCUCUGGAGUACGGGCACCACCAGUACGGUCUGGCUUCCGAGCAGGACCGGAACUUCAUCCAUGCGCAAGUUUCACCCCUUGGGACAAACCUGGCCCCCUACACCGGGGACAGUUGUGGGCCCGGAGUCGCAACGGGCAGCCAGUAUCUGCACUUUGGCAAUGGAGACCAGAGGCAGCAAGAAUAUUCGGACAGUGUUUACACAAGGUUACCGCCCCAAAAUAAGGAGAGGGAUUUGGAGCAUGUGGAGGAAACUUCGAAAACAUUCGACUGGAUGAAAGUGAAGAGGAAUCCUCCUAAAACAGCCGUCCUGUCCGAGUUCGGGGUCCCCGGCCAGCACAACGUGAUCCGCACCAACUUCACCACCAAGCAGCUGACCGAGCUGGAGAAAGAGUUCCACUUCAACAAGUACCUGACGCGGGCACGGCGGGUGGAGGUCGCCGCCAGCCUGGAGCUCAACGAGACGCAGGUGAAAAUCUGGUUUCAGAACCGCAGGAUGAAGCAGAAGAAACGCGAGAAACUGGGCUCCGUUCUGGUCAACGCUCCCACACCUGCAGAGAAACUCUCAGGCCCCGACGCCUCUCCAAAGGCAAAGGGCAAAGACUCUGAACCAUAAUGUGACUCUGAACCAU